AUGAGUGACACAUUCGCCGAGCGUGCCGCGCAGCUGCGCGAGUACAUCUUCUCCCAACCAUCCAGCACCUUCGAAAACAACCCCUGGGCCGUGGCCAAUGCAAUCGACGAUUUCGCCGAAACCCAAGGCCGCAUGAUGAUCUUUAAGAAAAAGAAGCUGGAAGUGGCCCAAGCCCAGCUCACAGCUCAACAGCCAGCACCACGCACUAUUCUCGAGUUUGGAACCUUCGUUGGAAAGUCUGCCGUGGCCUGGGGUGCAAUUCUACGUGAUAUUUACGGCGGAGAUAUCCCGGAAGAUGUCAACGUAUAUACAUUCGAGCUAGACCCGGUGAUGGUAUCGCUUUCGCGGGAUUUGAUUAAACUGGCCGGUCUUCAAGACGUGGUACAUGUCCUCGAGGGACCUGCGUCCGAGUCUCUGAAGAAGCUGCAUUCUGAGGGGAAUGUGACCAGUGUGGAUAUGGCGUUCUUCGAUCACUGGGAGGAAUUUUAUCUUCCGGAUCUACAGUUGAUUGAGGACUUGAAGCUGUUCCGGGUGGGGUCUCUGGCUAUUGCGGAUAACACCGAUUUCCCCGGGGCGCCGGAUUAUUUGAAGUAUGUGAAGGCUGGGGGGAGGGGUGUCGCUGGUUCUGUCAAGUAUGAGAGUCUUUCAUUUGCGACAAAAAGUCAGCAAGGUAAACCGAGCGUCGUUGAGGUUAGCACGGUGGUGGCUCUUGCGUAG